GGGUUCCCAAGCUCGUCGGCGGAAUGACGUCUCCCUUCGACGGUGUGGCCUGCUUCUGGCUGUCACUGAUCUGGAUCCAACUGGGUCUCAUCAAUGCAGGCCUGGAGUUCCUAAAGGAUUGCGUUCCCCUGCACCUGGUGCGUCUGCGAGAGAUCGAGGACGAGGAGCGGCCAAUCGAGGGCGAGUGCACCCUGGGAGCCAUCAGCAUUCGUAUGUUCGCCUUUUAAAGAUUGCUAUUAUGAAUCAUCUUGAACUCAUUAUAAUUACAUACUUUAGCUAUAUUACACCUCAAAUUCUUAGUUAUGUAAACAAAAGAAAGGAAAACACUUAUUAAUUGUAAAAUGGCUUUAAAAAUGGUAUUGCUAGUACUCGCACGUUUUUUAUAAUCUUAUCUUAACCAAAAGUACAAUACAUUUGAUUGUUAAUGUAGCAAAUAUAAGGUAUCAUGGUAUCAUUUGAAUGAAAAUGAAACAAGUAAAACAAGUAAUACUAUAUUUUCAUAUGACAUAUGCACAAUGAACCUUUUCACGAUUUGUUGUAUAUAUUUAAGCUAUAAGGUUGAUGACUCUAGAUAAAACUGAAAGAAACUGAAGAUAAUACACGAAAUCAUCAGAA